AGUGCAUUUGGAUGGGCUGUGUGCCAAAAGUGAACUUCUGAUUGAGAUGCUUCUAUGGGAAGGCUGGUACUAGAGGAACAAAAGCAGCUGCCUACCCAACAGGCCAGUUGCCUAGAAUAUCCAGCCCCAAGCUGAGCAAGGAUAGUGAGGGUAUUGUGUAAUAUAUGGGAAUGUGCUUUCCAGCAGCAUCUAUCCUGUGGUUUGUUCAAGAUUAAGUGUAUCUGGCUAAGAAGCUGCCUUUUGCUGAAUCUCUAAUUUUUGUGUGCUUCAAAGCGUGGAACUGGAACCGCCUCCUGACGAAGGUUUCUGAGCCCCUGGGUACAUGCAGGGGCCUGUGUAGUCCCUGCAGAGUCUGAGCAGAGCGUGGGGCUCGUGGUCCCAGGGGAGAGUUGGACAGGAGAGCUGGAGCCAGGGACUGAGCACUGCUCACUGAGUACCGCUCACUGUUCCCAUCAUAAAGUUUCUGCCUUCAGUCUGGGCCUAAAAAGACUUCCACGGAACUGUGCUAGACCAGGAUGUUUGGGGUAGUGCUGCCGCAGUAGGUUUGCUCUUCCUGCUUUUAGCCUGCUUUUUUUUUUUUAAAUAAGGUUUGCGCUGCCACACUGUCCUCAGUUCUUCUUUCAUAGCAUGUAUUUAACGUGCAAAAAAUGUUGGCUAAAUUUCACAAGGAUGUAAGGAUCUGGAGAUGUUAAUGCACUUGAGUUCUUGCUGCUUUUAGGAAAUGGCAGUCGCAGAAAGACUAAAAAAACACACUGGAAAAAGAGCCUGGAUUCCUGCUGACCACCAUGGGAGUGAUGAUAAAAGUGACUCAGCAGCAUGAAGAGCUUCAGCAGACAUUCCCAGGCUUCAGCCAAUCUCCAGCCACCUAUGGGACAUACAGAACUUGAUAUUUAAAACCAAACACCCUAUUUCUGGCAAAUGUGAUCAUUUCUCAGCAGCAGAAAUAUUCGUUUGUUUUUCUCCUCACAACAGGUAAAUACUUAAAAAAUGAACAUCUAUAAAAGUAGUGCAUGGAAGUAAACAGUCAAUUUGGAUAGGUGUCCUCAGGACCAUAGAAUCAUUUCAGUUGGAGGAGACUCUCAGGAUCAUCCAGUCCACCCAUAACCUAACCUAACUCUAGCAGUAAAACAUGUCCAUAAGAACCUUGUCUAAAUGCCUUUUAAACCCCUCCAGGGAUGGUGACUCCACCACUUCCCUGAGCAGCCUGUUCCAGUGCCUGGCAACCCCUUCCAUGAAGAAUUUUUCUGUGAAGAAUAAAGGAUUAAAAAUCAGCUACAUCCAAAAGGCUUCAGGUCUCUGAUUUUCAGAAUGCCCUAGUGCUUUUUAAAAUGUAUCCAGUAUCUUCAGAUGGAUGAAAUUACCUGUUUAUAUUUUCAAGCUAAAACUUUCAAAUUCGGAUGUUCAAAAAUGAGGUGACAGCAUAAAAGCUCACUAUUUGAAGGCAGGUACUUAAUUUCAGGUACUGCUAAAUAAUACUGAAUUUCUGGGCUAUGCCAGAACUGCAGAGGGAUCACAGUUCACCUGGGGUGUGCAUGAAGUGCGGAGCACUCUGAGUUAGACGGGAUUUACUGCUACGGUCAUCGGAAGUUAUGGUUGUGUACAUGUGGUUCUUCUGGAAAUGGUACGAACGAGCUGUGUGGUCAGCUGAAACCACAAAUGUUUCCUGCCAUUCCUGUCCUGCCAGAGGUGUUGGAGCGGACAGGACUUUUUGUUAUCUGGGAGUUGAGGAGUUGGCUUGUUUUGUUCUAACGAGAGUUCACACUUCCCUGUCCACGUUUCCUUUUCGUCAAUGCUGUCUCCAGCCGUGGUUUCAGUAUUGACCUUUGGUGCUUGUGGUAGUUAAAAAACAAAACAGAACAAAAAACCCCACCUUCCUCUAUAAUGUUGAGAAUAACACUGAAUGUGUCACAGCGGCAACAUCAGUGUCUUUGCAUCGACUUAGCCUGAGGCCUGUUUGAAGGGGAGCUCUUCGUACUUUAGGUCCACUGUUCAGAGAUUAGAGGCUAAAAAAUCAGCUGCUUAUAGUAGUUUUCUAUUGGAUUCCCUUCUCUGUAAGAACUUAAAAAUAUGAUGGAGGCUCUGUAUACUGCUGCAGUCUGUGGAUAAGAGGAAGUCAGAGACCUCUUUUGUAGUCAUGUAUUGCAGUUCCUUUAGUUGUCUAGCUCUCCCUAGGCUUGAGGUGGACUUGAUGAAAACCUUGUUACGAGUGGGGUCUGGUCUUACAGCACCGACAGCGAGAGAGGCUGGGGCCUUGCGAUAGAGUCCUUGCGUCAGUCCCAUGGACUUCACGCAAGUCGGUAGAAGUAGCAGAAGGAUUGUAUACAAGCAGUUGGUGUUCUAGCAUGUGUGACGUGGUAAGUGGUUUCCCAAAAACAUUCGUGAUAAGCCUACAUUCAUCCUGGUGUGUGCUCUGCCUGGUGACUGUCGGCCUUGCUGAUGGCUUCCUGUUUUGCUUUUCUCAAAGAUCGUGAGUGUGUUUAUGAAACAUAACCCUGGGUUGUGCUGUGGAUGGGUUAGGGAGCUGGCAACAUGUAAGUCUUCUUCGUCAAAAUCCUGUUUGGGCAUAAUGCCUUGGUGCGUUUGCUCUUCCUUGGGGAUGUGUGCUGCAAGAUCUGUUCUGUGUAGUCCCAGGCAUGGAUGGGACAGUGUGUCCCUGGUUCUGGGCUGCCAAGAAUCUUUACUCUCAGUAGGUAAAGUUGUACCUGCUUCCUACCACUUGUCAAAUAACACAAACAAACAAAACCAAACAAAACCCAAACAACAACAACAACAAAAAAGCAACAAAACAACCCAACCAACCACAAACCCCACCCAAACAAAACAAAGCACCCCCCCACUAGUUAUUUGGACAAGCAUUUUUAAUUGUGCAUGCAUUUAAGAAGUUACAUUUAAAAUUUUCAAGAAGUUCAGAAGCAUUUCGGACUCUAUUGCUGCUCUUACCUUUGUCCACCUCACCCUCCUAUAGCCUGAUUUUUUCCACAUAAAUCUUGUAUGUUAUUGACAACAGGAUUACAGGUUUUGCUCGUAAGCUUCCUGGAGCACAGAUAAUGUCAAUCCUAUUGUAUCAGUCACAUGUUUCAUACAUAAGGAUAGUACAAGCAAUUUGAAAAAUGUUAAAUUACACUGAGAAUUAUGUAACUACUUACUACAAAGUAGUAGUUUUGUGUAAAACUCUUGUUCUGGUUAUUGCCAUAAUAUGCUUUUUCUCAGCGAGCAAACCAGUAACACUGUGGUUAAAUGCAGUAGCUGUGUUAAAAGGCAGCAGAAAACCUUACUAAGGUUUAGGUCUUCCAAGCAUACAACAGAUCAUUGAGGCUGAAAGGUGGUUCCAAGAGCUUUCUGAAAUCUUAAGCUGAACAGCAGUAAACUUUUCAACUUGAAACUUGUUUGGGACUUUCUGAUUGUAAAAGGUACUUUUUAUUAUAAGCCCAGUGGAAAACACUUGAGUAAUAGCAGUACCUUUUUAUAUAAAAGGCAGAGGAAAAACAGAUCUCUUAGACAAAACCAAGCUGUGAUCCUGCUACAUCAGAUCUUAAGUUGGGAUUGUAAUUUUCCAAGAAGUAAAAGAAGUUACCGUUGGCUGUACCAGUGAAAUCAGUUCUUCUCCCUUCUCCAUGUUCUGUGGUCAGAUAAAGUGCUCACUACCGUGGCAUAGAUUUGGGGAGGGAAGAAAGGUGGUCAUUUAGGUAAGCAUGUAAAACAUACCUCUUCUAAAUGUACUGACUCCUUACCAGCCUGAAUAUAGGAUUGCCCAUCAAGAACUCAUCUGACACUCCAGCAGGACCUCUUAAGUUAGUGAUCUAAAUUUUUUAGGGUGAACACCUGUCCUCAAGUCGAAAUUUCCGGUGUCUCCAACAGGGAGAGAAUGUCACUGGCAGAAAACAUCUAGACUUUUCCUAAUAGUGUGUAAAAAUCAUAUUUAAAACUGGGAGCAUAGCUCUUAACUGUGUAAUGGUGACUUGUUCUUAGUGAACCAGGAGACUGAAUGGAGGGUGUAUGGCUUGAGGAUCUGACCCAAGCCUUGUAGAAGACAGUAGGAAGAUAUUCUUGCUUGAGGCAGGAUGGGGAAUGUAUUAGUUCCAGGUAGUAUUUAAAAUAUUCCUGGUAAUAGACCUGAAUUUGAUGAAGCAUUUGCUUGAUCCUGUUUUCUCCUGGUUAGGGUCUAACGAAUUUUCACUGUCAUACUAUGGCCACCUACGCUUGUUUGAUUUUCCCAGCAGGUGAAGGUUUUCAGAUGAGGAAGACGGUAAUAACGCCUUUCUGUGGUGCUGAUGCAAUAAAUGACUGUUUCCUUUAGCAAAGCAAAUAGCUCACUGGGGUGUGUUGACCAAAACACCUGCGGUGUUCCACACUACCAGUUUCAAGAGAAUGUUUUUCCAUAUGAAAGUCUGACACCAUCAGGAAAGUGGUUUUGCACAGGGAGCCUCCUUGAAAGCCAUGCUUGGCCCUCUCUGUAGCCUCCAGGAGCUCCACAACAAGGCUGUCUUGCUUUGAGGUUGGUAAUGAUCCUUUCUGGUGACGAUCUGGCUGUUUCACAAGCCAGUAAAACCUCAGUCUUCAGCUCAGCAUAGGAACAUCCAUUAGUGGGGGCAUCUUCCUCUCUGGGCAUCUUCCCCCACUGCAGCUCUUUCCCUCUUGAACAUGACGAUACCACUGAGACGCAGUAAAUCUUUGCACUGGGAAAACACAGCAUGCUUGUCAGCACAAAGGAGCACAGCAGAGAAAGGAAAUGUCUGUGAAACCACAGCCUUGGGCACUCAAAUGCUUAUCUGUGCUGGUGAGCGAAGAGGUUUGAGCCCAUCUGAAAAAUUAAAUAUGAUCCUUUCUUUCACGUUGUCAGUUCUGUCUCUCAACUAGUUUCGCCUAAGUAAAGGCCCGUAACAGAUUUUAGGAAUUGGGUAAGGGUCUUCCUGGCUGACUAUGAUUUGAAUAAUGUUGAAGUCUUCUGUUCAUGGCUUUUUACAGUAGACAGGUUUAGUAAUUUCAUUACAAAUGAAAGAAGAGUGCAAAACUGAUUUUCUUCUUGUUUCUUUAUAUAAGCUCUGUUUUGUUUUGUUUUCCUUUUUUAACUACAUAAAUAAGAAAAGAAGUUUUACUAAGAAGUAGGAGUUAAAACGAUACUAUGCAAUGUGGUGUGCUCUGCUGUUUCUUCCUUGCAUUAUAAAUAACACGGCAACUUUCUGUUUCCUUUCCAAUAAUACUGCUCUGCAGUGGUCUUGUGAUGAGGCAUGUGGCAUGCCUCUGCAAGCUCAAACGGAGCAAAGAUCCAUCUUCUCCAGGGACAUGGAGUCAAAGGCUCUGGAUGUUCUCGUAUAGCUGUUCAGGGCAGCGGGAGGUUAACACGUUUCUUUAGCUGUGACCUUAGGGGACACUUUCCUAUUUCUGCAGCCACUAACCUGCCCAUCCAGAUCUUUGUGGAUUUGAGGAAGUUCUUUGCCAGAGGCAAGACAGGUGAGGCCAUACGCUGUCCUUCCAUCCCGUGACUGCCUGGGCACCGCUCUAGAGCAGCAGGGCUGCCUGGGCCCCAAAGGGUUCCUGGGAGCCUGGGCACAAAGCAAAGGCACGACCGUCCCACUGGAACUGGCUGGCAAGCAGUGGUGAGGCUUGCUUAGCAGCAGCCAUGCUUUGGAUUAAACAGGAUGCCACCACAAAGGGUUUGUCCACCCUGCUUCCUCCCACAAAGUACGCAAGUCAUGGGGAAUUUCUGGCCGGGAAAGGGCAGCCCUGCUGUGUUUUGUCACCUUGAGACAGUGGCAGAGGUGCUCUCCUGCCCCAGCGGGGUACCCCCGCAUCCAUGGACCCUGGGCAGUGGGCACUGUGCCUGCAGAGCUGUUCCAGAGGUUAACACCACCUCAAGUCUCCAGACCUUCCUGCUGCCUAAAAGUAGAACUGGUGCAUAUGUUUGUUUGCAGCAAGGUACGGCACAAGCAGAGGAAAACCUCAGGUUUCUGUGUAGAGGCGCCUGUCGGUCCUCACUGGGAAUGGACUGUGUCUCUGAAGUCUUUCAGUUGAGGCAUCAGUAGGUUAGGGGGUUUGGUUUGGCUUUUGAUAUUUUACAAUGGCCUCUUAGAGCAGGUUCCUUCAGAUGUGGGGUUGUUUGAAGGAGGCUUUGCAAUAUCAAGUGCUAAGCAAAAUGUUGAUAUUUUAAAAAUAUUUUUUUCCAUGUGUUCCUGAAGGUCAGAACUGUGCCAGACACAGGGGGAAUGAGGCUGAAAUAACUUGGUAAAGCAUCCCCAGUGGAAAACUUUUCACUCGCCCCAGAAUUUAUAUGCCAUUUUCUUACAGCCCAGUGUUGCGGAUCCCUGACAGAGUGGGUUUGACUAAUCUUUGCCGGUGACUCAGAACAGAGAUGUGUUUGGAACUUAUUUUUUCUUUUCUUUUUUUUUUUUCUUUUUGAAAAAUGAAGUGAAAGUUUAUAAACCUGUAGAGUUAAAUGAGAGCUCAACCAGCCAAAUGAGGAAGUAAAACCUUCCUAUAGAAUGAGCUCUAACCUGCUCACUGCACUUGUUUGCUCUCAGUUGUCAUCAGCCUUGCUAUAAAGCCUCUAAGUACAGGCUGACGACUUCCUUGUGAGCCCGGCACUGCUCCGAUUCCAGCUUCUGGCUCAUGAAUGGUGCGACAGUGUCGCUGGGGUACAAAAAUUGCAGUGGUCAGCUGAUGCCUGUUGGAUGAGUCUGGGAAGACAGGAGCACCAGGUUUAAAGGAACCUAAAUGCCUGCUAAGAUGGCACUGGCCAGUUCACUUUCUAGCAAGCCAGUGCUUCCACACCCCAGAAAAGUUCCUACAGCAGGGGUGGAAGUGCAUCAGAGCAAGCUGGAUUUUUUCUGCAAGCUGGGCUAUGGCAAGCAGGACAUUUGCAAAGUGUUGGAGAACCUGGGCCAAGAGGCCCUGGAGGACGAUGUGCUGAAAGAGCUGAUUCGGAUGGGGAGCAAACCUCAAGCUCUGGAGAACCAGGCUCAGCCUUCCCCGCUAAAACUUGUUGCCCGUGGCUCCUGUAGCACUUCACCGGGAUUGAAAUGGCUUGGGGAAGAUGAAGGUGAUUCUUCCGAUCAUUUGAGACCCAUUGUGAUCGAUGGCAGCAAUGUUGCAAUGAGUCAUGGAAACAAAGAAGUAUUCUCCUGCUGGGGGAUCCAGCUGGCGGUGGAUUGGUUUCGAGAAAGGGGACACACAUACAUCAAGGUUUUUGUCCCACUCUGGCGAAAGGAGCCUCCUCGACAAGACAGUCCAAUUUCAGAUCAGCACAUUCUUGAAGAGCUUGAAAAACAAUCGAUCCUUGUGUACACCCCAUGCCGAAAGGUGAAAGGCAAGAGGGUAGUUUGCUAUGAUGAUCGCUACAUAGUGAAAGUUGCUUAUGAGAAAGAUGGAGUAAUUGUUUCUAAUGACCAUUACCGGGAUCUCCAGAAUGAAAACCCUGAGUGGAAGUGGUUUAUUGAGCAGCGACUACUCAUGUACUCUUUUGUCAGUAACAGGUUUAUGCCUCCUGAUGAUCCAUUAGGCCGGCAUGGACCCACUCUUAAUAACUUCCUCAGCAAAAAACCAGUGCUUCCUGAACCAAAAUGGCAGCCUUGCCCCUAUGGUAAAAAAUGCACCUAUGGGAACAAAUGCAAAUUUUACCACCCAGAGAGACCACAUCAAGCUCAGCUCUCAGUUGCUGAUGAGCUCAGGGCCAAAACAAAGGUUCCGUUAAACCCGGGGAAAGAGGAGGAGCAGCGUAACCACUCACCGUACAGGACCGGGGGGGAGCCUGCACCGCCUGAUGUCUGCACAGAAACACUGCGAAAAGCCAACGGCUACGCAGGGGCUUCCUGCUACCCCGGGUGGUCCCAGGGGAGCCGUCCUGAGCAGCUGUCUGCCACUUGGGCUGGUGGCCCCAGCAGCGGCCUGGGGCCAGACCAGCAGUUGCUGCAACCAGAGCUGCUGAGACACCAGCCACUCCUGGAGAAGAUGUCAGCGCUGUCCAUCAGUGACGACACGUACAGUUACAAUCGGUCAAUACGUACCUCUCAGGACAGAGAAGUAAUGGACAGUCCUCAUCACUGCAGUGACCUCAGGCACAACCUGUACUCAUUUCAUCACCCCCAUAGCUCGGACCACACCUGCCCUUUCCAGCAAACAGUGCUCCCGCCUGUGCAGGGUGGGAUGUGCCCAGAGCACAGGUGGCCUCAGGAGUGCUGCGCCGUGCACGGGGUGGGUCAGAGGAGCCGCUACAUCCCUGCUGGUGCUCGGCACAAACCGGCCCUGGACACGCAGCACCACGUCUUGCCACAGUCUGCAGCUCAUCCCCCUGACCUGCCGCACUUGUACAGCGAGCAUCAGCUGCAGCAGCAGCAGCGCUUCCCCAGCCAGCCCCCUCGGCAGCCCUUUCUGUUAGACUCCAGCAACAAGCUGGGCUUCUUCCAGAAAGCCCGUGCUUACCCCCAUGCCUCUUACAGUGACUACUGGCCCACCCCAGCUGCAAGGCCACCUUCUGUCCAGCAAGCAAACAUCCACAGGGAGCUGUGCUCCCUUUUCCCUUAUGGUGAAGUGAACCACAUCAUGGCUUUGUACCCUGAUAUCAAGGAUAUUGCUAGCUUGACUUUACUGAUUCAAAGACACAGAAACUUGUGAAGCCUCCAGAUCAAACUUUUCCCAACAAGCACAAAUCCUGGGGCACAAAGCUAAGGCAUAAUGAAGUGCUAUUGAAAGGCUUGAUGGCAAGGGCUAGCGCUGUUCCAGGAAUCAAAGUCUAAGCAUCAACCAACUAUGUUUCAUGGGGCAUCAGGUCAAGACAAAGGCCCCUGCUCGCUGCAGAGGGACCUCAUUCACCUCCCAUGGAAGUGAAUGGGAGGACUAAGGGGAACUGGUCUGUCAGCAUUUGAACCUCACCAGUAAACUGUUUUUUUAGGAUGGUGUAGAUCUUUGUUGAUGCCUUGAAACACUAGACACGUUUUUAAAGUCUUAACCUACUGUUCAACUACCAUUAAAAAAAGCACAAGUCCCAGAGUCCCUGUGACUACUUGAUAAGCUGGCACAUAAAAGUAAUUUGGCCUGUUUCUCUAACCUGUGCUCUCUCUGCUAGAAGGCAUCUUUAGAUACAUAUUAUUAUCUUCUAGCUUUCAAAAACACAUCUUGCGUUUGUUUAUAAACCAAUGCUCUGAACCCACAGAAUAGCCAGCAGAGUUGGUGGAGAUACUCCUGAGCACUUGAAGGUAGAUGCAGGUACGUUUCUUAGGGAUCACACACAAUAUUGCCUCAAUCAUCUUUAAUAGUAAGACCAGUUGUUCUGUGAGUACCCAGGCCCCUGAGCUGGAAGACAGGGAUGGGGAGCAGAACGAAGCCCCAAUAAUCCAAGGGGAAAUGGCGGCAACCUGCUACACCACUUAGAUACAAGUCUAGCGGACUGGAUGGGAUCCACCCAAGGGUUCUGAGGGAGCUGAUGGAGUGGUCACUAAUCCACUUUCAAUUAUUAACAGUCCUGGCUACCAGGGGAGGCCCCAGUUGACUGGAAGUUGGCAAAAGUGACAACCAUCUGCCAGAAGGAGGAUCUGGUAACAAGCAAUAGGACAAGAGGAACUGGCCUCAAGUUGUGUCAGGAGAGGUUCAGAUGGGAUAUUAGAAAACAUUUCUUCACCAGAAGGGUUGUCAGGCAUUGGAACAGGCUGCCCAGAGAAGUGGUUGAGUCACCAUCCCUGCAUAUGUAGAUGUGGUGGUGGUGCUUGGCAACAUGGUUUAGUGGUGAACUUGGCAUGCUCAGGUAACAGUUGGACUUGAUCUUAAAGGUCUUUUCCAACAUAAACAAUUCUAUGAUUCCAUGUAUGUCAAUCAGAGAAGUCAUCUUCAGUAUAAGUCCUGAUGUGGACUGAGGGUUCACAGUUGGUUUUGAAUUAACAGAGGUGAUACCAAAACAGGAAAAAAAAAAAUUGUUGGCUUAACCUUUAACUACCAAAUGUGGUCUCAUAAUGCAACUAUACAGCUGUUUUAUGAAGACAAACAUCUAAACUAUGUUCUCUUCGGACAUGUUUGAUUUUCAGUAAGCUGUAAAGCUGCUAAUCACUGCAUUAUGCCACUGAAUUCUUCAGUUUAGAAUUCCAAUGUUAAGCUUGAUCCUGAAAGUUUUUGGCAUUAUACCAAAGUUUAAAUACAUUAAUAUGACGUGCUUUUAAAAUGUUUUAAUAUAUUAUUAGAUGGUCUAGACCACUUUAUGCUCUGAAUAAUGUAGUGGUGGGUUUUAUUUUAUUAAUUUUAUUUAAUUUUUUUCCCAUUCCUCUUAGCACUGCUGCUUCAUCUAGUCCAAUGUUAAGGUGGGUUUUACAAACUCUCUGGCCCCACAAUAUCUCUGUUAGGUUCUUCUCUAAAGUGCAAUCAGUGAUGUUGGUCCCAGGCAGGAAUUAAACAUGGUCCUCACUGACAGCUCUGAAUUCUCUUGCUUUCAAAAAGGUGGCUAAGAAGUAAUAAUUUACCUUUAGUAACAUUAUCACAUGAUGCAUUUUUGAAAGUGGUAAUAAUUUGACCUUUUCCAUUCUAGAAACUGCCAGCAGCUCUUCUUUGGUGGUGGUGUUUAAAGAAUCUUCCAGAAAUAAGUAUACUGUAUCCAUUCAAUCUCUUAUGGCCACGUGGCUGGCUCCAAGAAAUUCUAAUUUGGAGGUUGAAGUUAUUACUUACCUUCACAGAACAUGAUGAUAGUUUUUUCCACAUGCCAUGAAUUUUCCACUAAUUAUGGUCAUAAAAUAUAUAACUGAAUUACCAGAAUGGCUUAUAAAUUUAUCCACUGCAUAUUACAUAAAGAUUAGAAAUGUCAUUAAAAUGAAACUAUGGAAUAAACACCCUGUGAAAUGCUUUGAAAAGUACUUGAGUUCAUCAGCCACCAUUAGUCAUGCUGAAAUAUGCCACACACCACACUUUAAACAUUUAAGUGACCUGAGACAUUUCAAGGAUCAAAUGUCUAUAUGGUGCCUAUGCAAGGCCAGGCUCAUUGGUUUGCCUAACAGCCUCUACUGGAGGUUUCCCAACUACAGCUGUACACAUACAUACUGCUGUACACAUGUAUACACACAGAGGAAAUGCAACACGGGGUGGAAAAACACCUUCUGCAAACAGAGCAAGUCCCAAAUGACAGCGUUCAGAAAAUAUACACACAGUACUGGAGAAGGAUAUAACCAUACACGCCAACAUUUAUUUUUGUGUCUGGAAUGUAUGUUACAUAUUUCAAUAUAGAAAGCAUUUAAAAUCCACAGGAAAAUUGGCAUGCUGCCUUUAUGCAGUGGCCCUCGUCUUGCUGGAGACAUGCGCAUAAGCUUUUUUCCUUUUUGAGGAUGCACAGGAAUUUGGUGGCUCUUCAAAAUCUUCUCUUGAUGUCUAAUAAAUUAUUUUUCUUCCA